AACCACGCGAUCACUAGCCGGAAGGAGUCGCUACACUUGGAGUGAGAGGCACCGAGUCUGAGUUAUCCGUGCUGGGGUCAGCGCGAUGCCUAAAGCCAAGGGGAAGACCCGGAGGCAGAAGUUCGGUUAUAAUGUUAACCGGAAGCGUCUGAACCGGAAUGCUCGACGGAAGGCAGCGCCGCGGAUCGAAUGCUCCCACAUCCGACAUGCCUGGGACCAGACGAAAUCGGUGCGGCAGAACCUGGCCGAUAUGGGUUUGGCUAUGGACCCCAACAGGGCAGUGCCCCUUCUUAAGAGAAAGGUAAAGGCCCUGGAAGUGGACGUGGAGGAGAGGCCUAAGGAGCUCAUGCGGAAGCCCUAUGUGCUCAAUGACCUGGAGGCAGAAGCCAGCCUUCCAGAAAAGAAAGGAAAUACGCUAUCUCGGGAUCUCAUUGACUAUGUUUGCUACAUGGUGGAGAACCAUGGGGAGGACUAUAAGGCUAUGGCCCGGGAUGAGAAGAAUUACUAUCAAGAUACUCCAAAACAGAUUCGGAAUAAGAUCAAUGUCUAUAAGCGUUUUUACCCAGCGGAGUGGCAAGCCUUUGUCGAUUCACUGCAGAAGAAUAAGAUGGAGGUUGAAUGACUGGUUUACACCUGCCCCACGUUGAGGCUUCCUCCUGGACCAGAGAAACUGGAGCCAGGGUUUAAGGCAAGGAGAGGUGUGCGGCUACCGAUGAGGCUAGCCAAACCCCAUGGAAUCAAAAGGUUACAGCACACACACACACACAC